UGCGCGCCUUGGCAGGCCCCGCCUCUCGUCGCUUUUCGUCUCGGUGGUGGUGGGGCUGAGCAGGGAGGAAUCGGGGCCUUCUUCCCUUCGGUAUAAGCGUCGUCACAUCGCUCAGUGUGAUCUGAGGGCUUUCGGAGCCGCCUGGAGCUGCUGUUUGGGAACGAGGGCCUGUAACGUUUGGUGAAUCAUCUGGAAGAAAAAGAUCUGAGCUCAGUUGGAAAAAAAAACAACCUUCUAGUGCUUAAAAAAGGUGUGACCGUGCGCUGUUUGUGUUGGUUUUGGCAGGAACAGUUCUGUGGAGCUUCCGCUGUACAUGUUUUCUAAUGCAGCAAAUGGAAGAAGAUACUAACUUGGAAGAAUAUCCCACUGAAAUUCACGACUAUCUCGCAACAUUUGAAAAAUCUCUUACUUCGGUAGAUGAGAUGUUGAAGACAAUGAUGUCGGUUUCUAGAAGCGAGCUUCUCCAGAAGUUAGAGCCUCUUGAGCAAGCAAAACUGGAUUUGGUUUCAGCAUACGCAUUGAAUUCAAUGUUCUGGGUAUACUUGGCUACACAGGGAAUCAAUCCGAAGGAACAUCCAGUGAAACAGGAACUGGAGAGAAUAAGAACAUACAUGAACAAGGUCAAAGAAAUAGCAGACAAGAAAAAGGCUGCCAAACUUGAUAAAGGAGCAGCAUCCAGAUUCGUAAGGAAUGCACUCUGGGAACCAGACCCUGAAAAAGACCAAACUCCUGCUAAAGCAAAGAAGAGAAAGAUGAACUAGGUUUUUUUUUUGCCCCCUUUAUAUUAUGGGAGACACCUAGAGUUAUUAAAAUGUGUUUUCUGCACCGUAUGAGUCUCACAUAAGUGGUGAACAGCAAUAAGGUUAAGUUAUACUUUAAAAAUUAAGCAGGGUUGUAUUUCAUCUUGGAUGCUCUGCUCUGAGGUAACUAUGCACUGAGGUUAAAAAAGAAAAGCAUUGUAUGUAUAUCUGUAAUUGCCACGUAAUGCUCCAGAAAUGUUUCAUCAUUAAAAUGAUAAUACCUUGCUGUGUGCUUGUUGGUAAUAGAUACUGGUAUUGUUUUAAUUAUAAUGCCUAAGAAUUGGAGUGGUUUUUUUACUUCUGAAUAUUUUUGUAUGUUCUUCAUAUCUUGAAUAUUAAAACAGUCUCAAACAA